AUGCAGCGAUUUGAUAUCUUUGCAGAUCUGGCAGAAUCGGGUGCAGAUAUGACUGCGGCUGUCGCUACGGGACCAGCCGUCCCUGUCACUUCCGUGUCGGCGGGACCGUCCAGCAGGAAACGGAGCCCGGACGCGGAAAGUCCCUCGGAAGGGACCGAAAGAUAUCCGCCGCAAAAGAAAAGGAAGUCUGACCUCAUUGACGCCGACGCCGCGUUUGCCGCAAAAUUGCAAGCGGAAGAGAACUCGCGAGCACGACCAACCCGAGCCGCGAAGAAAGCCGCGCCGUCCAAGAAGAAAAAGCCCGCAGCCAAAUCCAAAACGUCGAAAAAGGUCAAGGCGUCAGACGACUCUGAGCUUGAGGGCUCGGGGUCCGAAAAGAAAAAGGAAGUCAAUAGAAGUGGAGGGUUUCAUAAACCGCUUAAUCUAUCUCCUGCGCUUUCUGCCCUUUUUGACGGUGAGAUCUCUCUCUCUCGACCACAGUCGGUAAAGAGAAUAUGGAAGUAUAUCCACGACCAUGGUCUCCAGGAUCCUUCCGAUCGUCGUCAAAUCAGGUGUGAUGAGCGCAUGCGUGCUGUUUUCAAGCAAGAUCGCGUGCAUAUGUUUACUAUGACGAAAAUCCUCAACCAGAACCUUUACAAUCCUGAUGAAUAAUGACAUAGAGCAAACCUGUCACCCUAAUCGAUAUUUAAAAUCGCACGAAGUUUGUCGAUCCUCUGUGACUGGGCCGGCGGCGGUAAGGAACUUCGCCCUAAUAUGUCUUACGUUAUUUUUUGGAGCCUCUUUCGGAGUAUCCUUGAUACGCUUGCACCCCUUUUCUUUUCCUUUUUUUUUUUUUGGCCUUUUAUACUUCAUCCAUCCCCAACAUUGAUGCUUUAGAGGCUGAGCGUCCCUUUUAUUGCUGAUCAUAUCAUAGCUUACUUCUUUUUGAUUUUGAUUCCCCAUUGCGUGUACCAUUUUGGACAGAUCUAGUUCCAUUGAUUCUUGGGUUAGCAUUCUCGGUGACGUGCGGUUCGGGUAGAGGAGGCUGCCCAUCGGAUGGAUAGGUUGGAUCGGAUAUGUACUCAUUGCGCCUUAGUCUGCCCACCCUGCAUACUUCUUCUAUUUUGCAUAGCGCUUUAUCGACAGUUUUAUUUUCCUUUUUCUUUA